AUGGAGCUCUCGCAGCCCCAGUCGCCCCUCCGGCCCGCCAACGAGAACAUCGUGGUGGGCAAGCCCGAUGGCCCCAAGAAGCUCUCGGUGGAGCACAUCUACCAGAAGAAGACGCAGCUGGAGCACAUCCUGCUCCGGCCAGACACCUACAUCGGCUCCGUGGAGCUCGUCACCCAGCAAAUGUGGGUUUAUGAUGAAGGCAUUGGCCUCAACUGCAGAGAUGUGACCUUUGUGCCUGGCUUGUACAAAAUCUUUGAUGAGAUUCUGGUCAAUGCUGCAGACAACAAGCAGAGGGAUAAAAACAUGUCGUGCAUUAAAGUCACAAUUGAUGUAGAGAAUAACACAAUCAGUGUGUGGAACAAUGGGAAGGGUAUCCCAGUUGUUGAACACAAAGUGGAGAAGGUCUAUGUGCCUGCUCUGAUCUUUGGACAGCUGCUGACAUCCAGCAACUACGACGACAAUGAGAAGAAAGUCACAGGGGGGAGAAAUGGUUAUGGAGCCAAACUGUGCAACAUAUUCAGCACAAAAUUUACUGUGGAAACUGGGUGUCGUGAAUACAAGAAGUUAUUCAAGCAGACCUGGACAGACAACAUGGGAAAGGCUGGAGAAAUGAAGCUGAAACACUUUGAUGGAGAGGAUUUCACCUGUGUCACUUUCCAACCUGAUCUGUCCAAAUUCAAAAUGACUGUUCUGGAUAAGGACAUUGUAGCACUGAUGUCUCGAAGAGCUUAUGAUAUUGCUGGAUCCACAAAGGAUGUCAAAGUUUUCCUGAAUGGACAGAGGCUUCCUGUGAAAGGAUUCCGCAGCUAUGUGGAUCUUUAUCUGAAGGAUAAGGUUGAUGAAACUGGGAAUGCACUUAAAGUUAUCCAUGAGGAAGUCAAUUCCAGAUGGGAAGUGUGCUUGACUUUGAGUGAAAAAGGCUUCCAGCAAGUCAGCUUUGUUAACAGCAUUGCCACCACAAAGGGUGGCAGGCAUGUUGAUUAUGUGGCUGACCAGCUCGUGACAAAGAUCAUUGAUGUUGUGAAAAAGAAGAACAAAAAUGGAGUUGGAGUGAAGCCUUUCCAGGUGAAGAACCACAUGUGGAUUUUUGUGAAUUCCUUAAUUGAAAAUCCAACCUUUGACUCUCAGACUAAGGAGAACAUGACUCUGCAAGCAAAGAACUUCGGCUCUACCUGUAAACUGAGUGAAAAAUUCAUUAAGGGUGCAGUUGGCUGUGGCAUUGUUGAAAGUAUCCUGAAUUGGGUAAAAUUUAAAGCUCAGAACCAGCUGAAUAAGAAAUGUUCAGCUGUGAAACACUCCAAGAUUAAGGGUGUUCCUAAACUGGAUGAUGCCAACGAUGCUGGCAGCAAGAAUUCUUUAGAUUGUACACUGAUCCUGACUGAGGGAGACUCAGCCAAAACUCUGGCUGUCUCUGGUCUGGGAGUGGUUGGUAGAGACAAAUAUGGAGUAUUUCCUCUUCGUGGGAAAAUCCUCAAUGUCAGGGAAGCUUCUCACAAGCAGAUUAUGGAAAAUGCUGAAAUCAACAACAUCAUCAAGAUUGUGGGUUUGCAGUAUAAAAAGAACUAUGAAGAUCAAGAAUCUUUAAAAAGUCUUCGCUAUGGAAAGAUUAUGAUCAUGACAGAUCAGGAUCAGGAUGGAUCACACAUCAAAGGUUUGCUGAUUAACUUCAUCCAUCACAAUUGGCCAUCUCUUCUGAGACACAAUUUUCUGGAGGAAUUCAUUACUCCCAUCAUAAAGGCCUUUAAAAACAAAGAAGAAAUUGCAUUCUACAGCAUUCCUGAGUUUGAAGAAUGGAAAGCCAAUACACAGAACUACAACUCAUGGAAAAUCAAGUACUACAAAGGUCUGGGUACCAGCACAUCAAAGGAGGCCAAAGAAUACUUUGCAGAUAUGGCAAAACACCGAAUUGGCUUCAAAUAUUCUGGGCCUGAAGAUGAUGCUGCGAUCACCCUGGCCUUUAGCAAGAAGAAGAUAGAAGAGCGAAAGGAGUGGCUGACUAAUUUCAUGGAGGAUAGAAGACAACGGAAGCUGCACGGUCUACCAGAGGAAUACCUGUAUGGGAAAAACACUGAUUACCUGACAUACAAUGACUUCAUCAACAAGGAGUUAGUGCUGUUCUCAAAUUCAGAUAAUGAGAGAUCAAUCCCAUCACUGGUUGAUGGUUUGAAGCCAGGCCAGAGGAAGGUUUUGUUCACCUGUUUCAAACGGAACGAUAAGCGGGAGGUGAAGGUUGCUCAGCUGGCUGGUUCUGUAGCUGAGAUGUCCUCAUACCAUCAUGGUGAGGCUGCACUGAUGAUGACCAUCAUUAACUUGGCUCAAAACUUCGUGGGCAGCAACAACCUCAACUUGCUCCAGCCCAUUGGUCAGUUUGGCACAAGGCUGCACGGGGGCAAAGACUCUGCCAGCCCUCGAUACAUCUUCACCAUGCUCAGUCCCCUGGCACGCUUGGUGUUCCCACCAAUGGAUGACAACAUCCUGAGGUUCCUCUAUGAUGACAACCAGCGUGUGGAGCCAGAGUGGUACAUGCCCAUCAUUCCAAUGGUGCUGGUCAAUGGGGCUGAAGGGAUUGGCACUGGCUGGGCCUGUAAAAUCCCCAACUUUGAUAUCAGAGAAGUUGUUAACAAUAUCCGUCGGCUGAUGGACGGAGAAGAGCCACUGCCAAUGCUUCCCAGUUACAAGAAUUUCAAAGGCACCAUAGAUGAGCUGGGGCCUAAUCAGUAUGUGAUAAGUGGUGAAGUGUCCAUCCUUGAUUCUACAACCAUCGAGAUCACUGAGCUGCCUGUCAGAACAUGGACACAGACAUAUAAAGAGCAGGUUCUGGAGCCGAUGUUGAAUGGGACUGAGAAGACCCCUCCUCUAAUCACAGACUACAAAGAAUAUCACACAGACACCACUGUGAGGUUUGUGGUGAAGAUGACUGAAGAUAAACUAGCAGAAGCCGAAGCUGUGGGGCUGCAUAAAGUCUUCAAACUCCAAACAAGUUUAACAUGCAACUCCAUGGUUCUUUUUGACCACGUUGGCUUUCUCAAGAAAUACGACUCUCCCCAGGAUAUUCUUAAGGAGUUCUUUGAACUCCGGCUCCGAUAUUACAAUCUGAGGAAGGAAUGGCUCAUUGGGAUGCUGGGUGCUGAGUCUGCAAAGCUGAGCAACCAGGCUCGCUUCAUCCUGGAGAAAAUAGAUGGCAAAAUUGUCAUUGAAAACAAACCCAAGAAAGAGCUGAUCCAAGUUCUCAUCCAGAGAGGGUACGAGUCUGAUCCAGUGAAGGCUUGGAAGGAGGCUCAGAACAAGGAUGAAGAGGAGGGGGAGGAAGAAGGAGAGAGUGACAAAGAAUCAGCUGCAGCCUCUGGCCCAGACUUCAACUACCUGCUGAACAUGCCCCUGUGGUAUCUGACCAAGGAGAAGAAAGAUGAGCUCUGCAAACAGAGGGAUAACAAAGAAAACGAGUUAGAAAACCUUAAGAGGAAGAGUCCCUCUGACCUGUGGAAGGAAGACCUUGCUACCUUCAUUGAAGAACUUGAUGUAGUGGAGGCCAAGCAAGCACAGGAUGAGAGUGCAGGGAUUGUUGGCAAACCUCUGAAGGUGAAAGGAGGGAAAGCAAAGGUGAAGAAGGCCCAGCUGGCAGAAGUAAUGCCAUCCCCUCAUGGCAUCAGGGUUGUUCCUCGCAUCACUGCUGAGAUGAAGGCAGAGGCAGAGAAGAAAACUAAGAAGAAAGUAAAGAGUGAAAAAACUGAAUUUGAUGAGAAUCAGGAUGAAAACACAUCCGGAGAGAAGGAGACUGCAGGCCUGAAGAAGAGAUUAGCACAGAAGCUGAAGACUGAGCAAGGAGCUAAGAGACAGGCCACUCUGCCUUUCAAGCCAUUAAAGAAAACCAAGAAACGAAACCCUUGGUCUGACUCAGGGUCUGAUUCAGAGUCUGACUUUGAAGCACCUCCUCAAAGAGAGCGAGUGGUUCGCCAGGCAGCAGCCAAAGUCAAGCCCAUGGUCAUUUCGGACUCAAAUCAGUCCAGCUCAGAUGAGGACCCUGAAUUCCAGGGUGACAGUGAAGGCAACUCAGAAUCAGACACAAACUCUAAGAAAAAGGCUCCUCCCAAGCCCAAAGCUGCUCCCAAGGAAACCACUGAAAAAGCAGCAAAAGCUCCCAAGCAAAAGGCAGUGCCAAGUGCUGUUCCUGGUGAGUCCCAAGAUGUCCCUGAGGACCAGGUGAGCCAGGCUCCUGAAGCUCCAUCCGUCCCAGCUCCGAGCACCAAGGCUGUGCCCAAAAAAACUGCAGCAGCCAAGAAGGCUGGAGCCACCAAGGACAACCAGCCCUCCAUCAUGGAUAUCCUGGCCAAAAAAAAGGCUGCACCCAAAGCCAAGCCAGCAGCCAAGGAGGGACCUCUGCGUGGCGAGGGUGACAAUGCCAAGGGGAGGAAGGCUGUGAAGAGGCAGCAAAGCUCUUUGGAUUCGGAUUCUGAUUCAGAUUUUGGCUCCAAGCCUGCCAAAUCUGUGGUAUCAAAGAAAUCCAAGGUACAGGAAGACACCUUCACCAUUGACUCUGGUGAUGAAAGCCCUGCACCUCAGCCCCGUGCCAGGCCUGGCCGUGCCAAAAAACCCGUCCAGUACCUGGAGGAAUCCUCUGAGGAUGAUCUAUUUUAAGUUUUUAGGAAAAUUUUAAACUCCAGAUCCACAACAAGCCUUCAGCAGCGCUCCAGAGCUCCCACCAAAGACCAUCUCAGCCUAGGAAAUCUUCACCAAAUGUGAGCCACUCCAAAACUGCUCAUUACUGGUGAACACAGCUCGUUUUUUCUUUGGUUUUAAAUAAGCUAGAUUUGUUUAAGCAGGAACAUCCCCUUUUUGCUGAACACUGGAGCCAUGUGCCCAGCAAAUGCUGCCACACUUCCCUCUUCCCCAUUAUUUGACACUUUGUGGUCAUUUUAGUGUUAAAGUUGACUUUAGAACAUGCAAAAUCCUUUAAAAUUUAUACAUUGCUCUUAAAAUAUCUUAUAGUACUAAAGUACAAUGAUUUUAAUUCUACCACCCAACAGGUGAGCUGGAGCCAUUUUUCCAGCACUAUUCCUUCACUAUGUAAAUAUUUCUGUGUUUGUUCUUGUCCCGAGUUUGUUUGUUGAAGUAUUUGUCUAAUAAAAGCAUUUGUACUGA